CAGAGUAACGUUUUUCUUCAUCAGCUACGCAAAACCACCAAUGGCGACGGAGUCGCCGAGCUCUGUUCGGAAAGUUGUUGUUCAUCUGAGAGCUACUGGAGGUGCUCCUAUUCUCAAACAGUCUAAAUUCAAGAUUCCAGGAACGGAUAAAUUUGCUAAAGUGAUUGACUUUCUAAGAAGACAGCUUCAUUCUGACUCAUUGUUUGUUUAUGUGAAUAGUGCGUUCUCGCCGAAUCCUGAUGAAUCAGUGAUUGAUCUUUAUAACAACUUUGGAUUUGAUGGUAAACUGGUGGUAAACUAUGCUUGUUCCAUGGCAUGGGGAUAAAACCAAAUUACUACAAAAGUCUCAAGCUGUCUUUUCAGGGUCACGCUAGAUGCUUUGCUUUGUUGGGAAAGAAGACAUUCUGAUGAAAGUUGCUGUAUGUACAUAAUCGGGCGAUGGAAUUGAUACUUUUACCUUACAUACAUGUACAUAAAGACCAUAUAAAAAUUCAAAACGAUAGAUUGUCAAUCUCGCAUGCGAUUUUCAUCGGGCAAAAAAGUUUCUUUGUUCAGUUCUCAGAGAUUCCAAAGGAGCGUUGAAACAUUUUUAUCUCUGCA